AUGCUUGAGGAUAAAAUUUUGAGUAUUGAAAUAGAAGAUGAUAUAGAAUUGGAUGUUAAAGAUGAAGUGGAUAAUUCUGAAAUUGAAGAAUUUGAAGAUGAAUACAUGGAAAUUUUAUUUAAAUUAAUAAUUAGGG